UGAUGACAUAACGGCGAACGCACACUGGAAACUUGGACAGUCAACAACAAACUUAUUUAUUCCACGGUCCCUUGGAAAUUGGAAUAAUAUUUUACGUAAAUUUUUUUGUCGAGAUUGUAUUUUACUGUCAUUAUUUAAUUAUUUCUACAUCUCUGGAAGUAGUCAUAUUGUGAUUAUCCAAUCCUCUUCCAUAAUAGUGACGACUGCCAAGCGUUCAGUUCGUUUUCUGUGUGGGUAGUUUUCUGUCCCGAUUCUCCUGUUAUCUCUGGUCAGAAUGGAGGCUGUGAUUGAUGAGACGAUUGAUCCCGAGGAAUUGAAGUUGCACGGACAGAAGUACGACAAGGAGGUGGCCAACGGGAAGGUGGAGUACAACACGGCGUUUGAUUACGGCUGGUGUCUGGUGCGCAGUCGCAAGCAGGAGGAUGUUAUGCGCGGGAUCGAGAUCUUCAAAUAUCUGUACAAAAAUGGCGAGCAGGCUGGUCGGCGUGAUUGUCUCUUCUUCACCGCCGUCGGUUACACCAAGAUCCGCGAAUUCGAGUUGGCCCUGGAGUGCAUCGACACCCUGCUGAAGGCCGAGCCCGGCAACAUGCAGGCCAAGGAUCUCAAGCGGGUCAUCGAGGAUCGCCUGAAAAAGAGUGGCCUCAUCGGGAUGGGAUUGGUGGCGUUGGGCGGGGCCACGGUGUUGGGGGCGAUGGGCCUCGUGGCGCUGCUGGCCAAGAAGAAAUAACUGGUCGAUUUUACACAACAGAGGAAUUUUGCGGAUUUUUUUCUGCUGCGUGAUAACUGUGCUGGCCUCAUUCCUCAACGAUGGCGUUUUAAUCAUAAUAAAUGUUUAUUAAAUCCGCCAUUUGUCUGCCCGUUGUCUGCGUCGCUUUUAAUUGGUUUUUCGUCAAUUAUGUAUGACGUCGGAUUGCAUGAGCUUUCCUGUCAAUCACAAAUAGUGCUUUAGCGUUUUUGAUCACGGAGUUUCGAAUAAAAAUGCCCUGCAGCACCUCGUUCGUACUGCAC